AUGGUCCCUGAACACGAAAUUGCCCAAAUAAAACCCGGUGAAAUAUGUCUCUAUCGCGACACGGUCGAUUUAAGUGAUGAAACACCUUAUGAAAAUGGUUCAUAUUUGUAUUCGAAUGUGUUAAUACCAUCGACCCAGGUGCAGGAAUACAACUAUCGCUUGGAAUUUCGAAAUAUGGAAAAGGAAGCUGAACCCCAUUUACGUGGCUGUGUGUGUGGUUGGAAUGGGGGUAAAAAAUGUGUGAAAUUAUGUUGUCGACAUGGUGAAUUUUAUAAUGAAAUUAUCGCUGAAUGUGAACCAAUACCGGAUGAUAUGAAUAUUCCGCUUAAUAUUAACAUGACUAUGGAUACGGAUGAGGAGAAAGUCAUCAACUUGUAUCGGGAAUUUAUACCACUUGUUGGUAGGCCGUGUCCUAAUGCGGAAAGUCUUACACAGGCACUUGAUAUGUGGAAAUUGAAUGAGGACGGCACAGUUUACGUUUUCAAUGACGACGCCUUAUUAGAUACCGUCAGCUAUUGCCUAUCGCCAUAUCUUUAUAAUGGAUCCAAUGAAUAUGUCCUGGUGGCUGUGAGUUGCCCCAUGAAAAAUGAAGGAGGCUUUUUUCUCACUUUCAACACAUACGCCAUGGCAAUAUCGGUGGUAUUUUUAGUACCCACUGUUCUCAUCUAUUUAUGCGUUCGAGAGCUGAGAGGCAAUUUGCGCGGAAAACUGCUCAUUUGCUAUUUGAUCUCACUGAUUGGUGGAUAUUCAAUUAUUAGUUUUAUAAAUAUCUCGGAAUAUGUAUUGGAUGCUAUACCAUGUAAAAUACUUGGAUUCACAUGUUAUUUUUCAUUUAUGUCGGCUUUCCUGUGGCUGAACGUUUUAUGUUUCGAUAUAUGGCUGAAUUUUAAGGAUCACAGUGUGGAUUUCUCACGUCAACGGCAUAAAUAUAGAUUUUACUACUAUUCAUUGUAUGUAUGGGGUUCAGCCAUGGUGCUGAUGGGACUCACAAUGUGGUCACAGUCAUCAGAUUUAGUACCGAAAAUUUAUAAGCCAGGAAUUGGUGAUGAUAUAUGCUGGUUGGAUACUAACAAAUGGGCCUCCGCUAUUUAUUUCUAUUGGCCCAACUUAAUAAUUAUGUUCUUCAAUAUUGGCACAUUUGCGAUUUUGUCACUGCGCAUCUAUCGGGUGCGACGAGAUGUGGCACAGUUAACACAAAAACAAAGGUUCUUCAAAGAAAAUGCCGUUGUAAUUUUACGCCUCUUUAUUGUUAUGGGCAUCUCCUGGAUUAUGGACAUCAUUUCGUUUUGCCUUCGAAAUUAUAAAAUUGCCGAUUAUUGUUUCUUUAUAACCGAUUUCUGUAAUGCCAUUCAAGGUGUUGUGAUUUUCAUACUUUUCGUCUUAAAACGCAAUGUCCUGGAGGCCAUACGAAAGAGUUUUGCACCCUACUAUGUCAGAAGGCCCAGACCAAGUGUUACCUCAGUAUCAACACACUUUUCAAAACUUUCAUCAUCGCAUUCAACAACAAAUGCCUAA